ACCGCAGCGCGGUUCCUUCCUAGUUUUUAAUUAUUUUUCGGUCACACGUGUCCCAGGCUUGCCUGCAACCUGCGCGGCGCGAGCUAAACUCGCCCUCCACAGAAAAACCCUGAAAAAUCUUGAAGAAACAAAACAGCAAAAAAAAAAAAAAACACUUUCUUUUCUCUUUCCUCUCGCGGCCGCCGGAGAGAGCCUGACGCAGUGAUGGAGGGCGAGGCCGCGGCCGUGCCCAUCGUCUCCGCGAGCACCAGCGACGAGACCAACAACCCCAACGCCGGCAUGUCCCAGGAGGGGUGCACAGAUAGGAUCCGCGAGGGCCUCAAACAUCCGACGGUGAGGUUUCUCCGGGAGCAGAUGGAGAAAGCUGGCUGCCCCGUCUGGAUGCGGCUUCUCCUGGCGAUCAACUGCAGAGACCAAGGCUCUGCCGGCGGUUAUGCUAGCAAGCGUGGGAUAACUAUUUGUUGUAAUCAUAUGACUUUCCAAGAUGAGAUCAAUCAAGUUUUGAUUCAUGAGCUAAUCCAUGCUUGUGAUGAUUGCCGUGCAAAGAACAUGGACUGGAAAAAUUGUGCUCACCAUGCUUGCUCUGAGAUUCGAGCUAAUCAUCUUAGCGGGGAUUGCCAUUACAAACGAGAAUUGCUGCGAGGAUUUAUGAAAAUACGAGGUCAUGAACAAGCCCUCAAUAAAUUGAUCCUUCAGAACCUGAAUCUGGUCCAACCUGAAAGAAGUCAAUCCAAGCUAAUUUAUGUUGGGUUUUGUGCAGUUUGACUUGUAUAAAAUUGGAUCAGACCUACUAAUUCAACUGACUCUUCUGUCUUUGCUUUUUAAUAAAAGAGAGAUUCACCAGCAUGAUUAGAGAUAAUUUAAUGAUCCGUUCCAACAUGACAUGAUCCAUGUUUUAAGUCAUUAGGUUUGGCCCUAGAAUUAGUGAUGUUUAUCAAUCAUGACUGAUUGGUGUUAAGCAAAUCCAGAACCAUUCUGAUUCAUCUGCACCCUUCUGUGUAUGACUUCAAAUUCUGUAUUGCUUUCUUUUCAUGAUGCGAAAUAUCUCAUUGUUGUAAUUAUUACUACCUUCAAAAAUUAACACAAUUGUAAAAGAUAUCUUAGUUAUAUGUUGCAAUUGUAAGAGCCUAAACAACUAGCCUUGAGGCAUCUAUCAUGGUCUGACUUUGAAUCGUAUUUAAGGGUUAUGUCCUACAUGAUUUCAUACAUUAGAAAUUUGUUUUGAGUACUAAAUAGACAUAGAAGUGAACUAGCUGGAACGCUCAAUUUCUGAUUUCAAAACUGAUUAUACUUUGAUCUAGAUAUUGCUAAUUGAUGUAUGCCUGUUGAUAAGCUCUUAAAAGUUUUCUCUUGUUUUUGGGUCAUCAUACCAUUAAAGUGGACAGGAAGAGAGCUUGUGCCUGCUGUUGUUGGGUACUUAUCUUGGAGUUUAGUUUACAUGUACAUGCACCUUGUCUAAGUUUUCUACAAUCUGCCCCACUUCUUUCUCGAACAAUGUAUUAUGCCUUAAAAAAUACCCCACUCCUUUCUUGAACUUUAUAUUAUGUCUAAGUUCAGAUAGGUGUUGCAACUUAAGAAAAUAGAUGUCUCAGCACUAUGUUGUUGAGCAUGGAAACUAAGGGCCUAUUUGGAUGGUUGUGUGUCUUGUCUAUUGGAUAAAUCCUUUCUUGUUAAAAGUUUAAAGGGUCAUUGGAUGUGAGAGGAGUCGCAACAGAGAAGUCCCCAAUCACAGAAUCCUCAAAAAUCAGGUCUUUAGAGUUGUAAUUUACAGUAUCCUAUUU